ACCUAAACACAAGCCAACUUGAAAAAAAAAACGUUUUAAUUUUCCGUUUUAAUUUUCCGGCACUCUGUUUUAAGUCUUUUCCUUCAGUCGAGCGCAGAAAAUUUUAGUUCAGAAAUUAGUUUUAAAUUGCUUAUUCGUAUAAACGCCAGUAUGCAAUUUGUUUUUAACCGGUAACCGGCGUAUACGCAAACACCUUUUUGAAAAAAAACAUGCUUAGACAAAUAUUCAAACUCAACUAAACAACCAACGCUCUGCUAAUCUUUACAUUUUACACUUAUGGUAUCUUUUUCGUUUCUUUGUUGUGGUAAUUUGACGUUAAUUUUAAGAAUUUUUUAGUCGCUUCUAUUAAAUAUUGCCAUGUUUUUCAAAUUAUUGUAAUCGAACUCAAGAACGUCUUUUUCGAUAUCAAAACCAAUUAUAACCAAUUAUUUCAUGAUUAAUUAUUGUGCUAAGCAACGAGGGCAUACGCCACCUAUAUAUCAGCCGUGUAAACUAAAAAAAGGUGUGAAAAUGGAUUUGGAUGAAGACGAUCGUGGAUACACGCCAAACCCCUUGCGUUCUCCAACUCCCGUCUUUUCUGGAAAAGAUUUACCCCUAACCGAAAGCUCAAUUCACUCUAACAGUCUGAAUCGAGCCGAGAAUGGAGGAACCAAUAAGGAAAACGAUCCAGAAGACACUGAAAUUUUACCCCACGUCAAAGAAUCCGCGGCACGACUACGCGAUGCUACGGCUCCUCAAACUGCGAGCGAUCGUUAUAUAAUCCGAGUACUGUGGAUCAUUGCCUAUGUGGUGCUUUUCGGCAUUUUUCUACUACAAUUCUCUCUGCUGGUUAAAAAGUAUCUGAAGUUCGAUACUGAUAUUCAGAUUGAAAUUCAGACCGCGCAAUCUCUGAACUUCCCGGCUGUUACAGUGUGCAACGAAAACCCACUCAGAAAGUCUUUGCUUGGGCGAAUCAAACAGUUCGAGGACUUGGUGCUCCUGGACGACUACUCAAUGGGCUACGUGAUGGCGGUGGCUGAGAACGGAAACAGUGCCCUUAAUUUCGACUGUGGGGAGGGGUGGGUUGUGUGCAACAUGACACAGGUGUGCAUUCCCAAUCAGUGGAUCUGUAAUGGGAUCAACAAUUGUGGGGAUAAUAGUGACGAGGAGCCUCCUUACAACUGCACACUUAUUCAAGAAAGUCGGGCGAACAAUUUAACCAGCUUGCAAGGAGACUACUGCAUUUGGCCCUAUGUCAAGUGCCCCGGUGAAGAUUUCUGUGCUGUUGCUUGUGAUGGAAACCAGGAGUGUACCCUCGAAAACUUCGAUGAAAGCGCCGACGCUGGUUGUACUGGCACGGCUUGUCGAGCUGUCCUCACAGCAACUUCAGCCGAACAAGAGUUCACUUCGCCCAACUACCCGAACACUUACUCCUCGGAUACUAAAUGCGAAUGGGUCAUUAAUGCACCUACGGGUCAAAAUAUCCAACUGACCUUCAAGUUCAUCGCUAUUGAAGGUAAUGGAGGUGACUGUCGGCAAGAUUUUCUGAGAGUUCACAACGGGAUCAACACCAGUGCUUCGGUGAUCAAAAUCGCAGGAAACAACCGUCUCUGCGGCUACGCGAUUCCUAGUCCCGCUUCAAUAACAUCUACAAAGUCCACAGUUACUGUAUACCUGGAAACGGACUCUAAUUACAACGAGGAAGGGUUUGCGAUCGCUUACAAAGCAGUCGCCGCUAGUCGACAAAGACGCGAAAGUUCAGAUGUUGCACACUUCGCCGACGAUUUCGAACCAUUUGAAGCCGAAAAACUAUUGCAGCCUUUUAAACAAACGCAGCAAAUAAGACGACGACGAUCGUCCAACGCUACGGGUACGGCAGCCUAUUCGGAUUACCAGAACGACUACUACAGUUCUUUGAGAACAGGAGCAGACUACGAUGCGUAUUACAAUAGCUUCAACCCGACAGACCAGUAUUUCAACGUUUCCGACUAUUUCAGUCUCUACGAGAAAUCGGAUCUUCCCGACUAUUCGGACUUCCGACUGGCUGCCACUUUUACGCAAUCCGAAAUGAAGUACAAUGGCUACCAAAAGAGUGAUUUUAUUGUACAGUGUACAUUUGACAGCAAAAAAUGUAACUCAAAUUGGUUCAAAACUUUUCAAAAUCCCUACUAUGGAAACUGCUUUAGUUUCAAUUCGAUUAUCGACCGAAACAUUUCGGAGCCAAUAUUUAUUCGCAGCUCCAGCAAAACAGGUCAAGAGUUUGGACUCAAGCUGACAUUAUUUCUUGACGUCGAAGACUACAUUGGAAUAUUGGGUCAAAACGCAGGAGCACGAGCAAUGGUUUAUGACCCCGAGGUGAGAGCGAACGUCAGGAGCCAGAGUUUUGCUGUGGGCGCAGGUCUGGACACUUUUAUAUCAAUGAGAAUGCACCAAGUUGAGCGAGAGGGCGGUAGAUACGGCAACUGUACUUCAAGUUGGCCCCGAUGGUUGGAACUCAAUUCCGAUUUUAAACAGAAAUGGCCUAAAUAUGACCGCGAAACUUGUUUGUUUUUCUGCGUUGAAAAUGCUAUGGCUUCCAGAUGCCAGUGCAUCGACAGUUACGAAACAAACUAUAGUAUCAAUUCUGGAAUCAACAACGCGUCUAAUUAUUAUUGCGACCCAACGGAUAAAGUCCAAAGCGAAUGUCGUCAGAAUAUUUAUCGAGAUUUCAAAAGUAACAACCUGAGUUGCUCAAGGUGUCCACAAGGAUGUAAAACCACUUCAUUUUCACAGCAGCAAUCUAUGUCGCCUUGGCCGACUGAAAACUUCUCGCCAUUUUUUGUUUCAAAAAUGCUCAAAUCGAACUCAGAACGAGUCGUGAGUUAUGUGGAAGACGUGGUAAGUAAUGCAAACAUAUCUCAAUCAACGUUAUCUGCUAGUAUUCGGAGAAACUUCGCUCGUUUGGAAGUGUAUUACGAAACACUCAAUUUCGAAAAGAUGUCAGAAAGUCCAGGUUAUGAGAUAGUGGAUCUGCUGAGUGACUUUGGCGGAAAUAUUGGACUUUGGAUAGGCUGGAGUGUUUUGGCACUCUUUGAAAUACUCCAGUUUGUAUACGAAGUUGGAGAAAUCAUCUACUUAAAAAAGUUGAAAAGGGACUGAUCAAAACACUCAUCAUUCAUUGCAGAAAAAAAUCGAAUGUUUUGAAUGUUUUGUACGCUUUGUAACUUUGAAUGUUUUGUAGUUUAAAAGUCACAUUGCUUUUCCAACAAGCCUUUUGAAUUGCUUAUUGAUUAUCAUUAAUCGUCUUUUCUGUUUAAA